AUGGGGCAAACUAGUAGUUCAAGAAAAAAUUCUUAUGCUGUUAAAGAUUCACAACUUACCAACUUUGAUUUUGGUUUUGAUGUUGUUCAUUCUGACUAUGAUAAUUACUAUGAUAAACUGAUUUCUCUUCAUAGUGUUGUUGAUAGAUCCACAUUUGAAAAUAUUUUUGGAGAAUAUUUUGGUAAACCUUUAUGGGAUUUUUAUACUACAAGAUCUGAAAUUGUAGAAAUUUCAAAAGAAUUAUUUGCUAGAAAGACAAGACUUCUUUUCAGUAAUAAUUAUGGAAUAUUUUUACAAAUUUUUCCAACUAUUGAUGAAUUAUUAAAUGCAUGCUUUGUUGGAGCAAACAUUGAAUUAUUAGAAGAUGAUAAAGAAAUUAUAAAACAAAUAAAAGAACAAAUGUUACUUACUAAAGCUGGAAAAGAUGGAAAGAGUGGAAUAUUACUUUGGAUUCAACGUAACUGUCCAAGACUUUUGGUUCCUCUUCAAGUAAAAAUAAUAAAUGCAAUUACUGGAAAACCAAAAAUUAAUUAUGAUUUUACAUCAGGUCUCCUUUCACCAGCUCAGAUGUUUUUAGUUAAAUCAGCCUUGAAUCCAAUAACAUAUUUAAAUGUUCAGGGAUCAAGCAUUUUUAAUGAAAGUGGUAUUAAUAAUUGGACACGUUUAUACUCGUCAAUAAAUCAUGGUAUAAGUGUUAAAAAGUUUGAACAUUAUGUAUUUGAUUAUAAAAGACCAACAAUUUCAAUAUUUCAAUUAAAUAAUGGUCAAUUGAGUGUUCUUGCAUUAGACACAGAAUGGAAAAAUAGUCCUAAUAAUUAUGGAUCAUCUUUUACAACUUUUAUUUCUAUUAAACCAAAAUUCUUUAGAACUGUUAAAUCAGAUUCAUUAUAUAGUAAUCUCCUUCUUAACUCAGUAAAAAAAGGAAUUUCUUUUGAUGAUAUUUUAUCUAUAAAUGAAGAUUUUUCAAAUGUUGUAGCUAUGGAAGCUUGGGGUGUUAAUGAUGAAACAGAUAUUGUUGGACAAGAGAAACAAAAAGAAUUAUAUAAACAGGAUUCUUUAAAAAAUCAAAAAAUUCAUAUUCAAAAUGCAUUUAAUGAUUUAAAAAUUAACAAAUUGCGUGGAAAAAGUUUUGAUCAAGGAGAAUCAUUAAAAUCAAAUGAAGAUAAUUUUAAUAAAUCGGCUGAAAAUUAA